GCCCUCCCUCUCCCUCACCUGCCUCCCCUCCCCUGAUCUCCCUCACCUGUUCUGCUCUGAGGGCAGCAGAGAUGGACACCCAGGACAUUGAAGAGCUGCAGCAGGAGGUGGUGGAGGAGCUGGGAAUCUCCCUGCAGGAGCUGCAGGAGAUCAUCGACAAGGAGGUGGAGAACUGCGAGUGGGUGAGGCAGCGAAAGCAGCAGCUGGAGGAGCUGGAGAAGUGUGUGAGGCACAAGGAGGAGGAGGCGGCUCACGUUGACCAGCUCAUUGACAACGCCACGAGAGCCAUCGACAAGUGCGAGACAUUGGCCAAGGAGUUGUACUCCAUGAUGGGCCUCCAGUACCGGGAGAGCAGCUCCGAGGACGAGGCCCCGGCGGCCACGGAAGUGAUCGAGAUCCCGGACGAGGAGGACGACGACGUCAUGAGCGUGGACUCGGGCUGGAAGCACAGCACCAGCAGCUCCAGAAUCUCCAAGGAUCAGAGUCUGCUGCAGGAAGCAAUGGCUGCCAUGAGGAGAUCAGCCCGGGAUGUUGCGAAAUUCAUGGAUGCUGUGAGCAAGAAAACAAGCUCCCAGGAAGCACAAAAAGAGGCACAGCCCCCCCCGGCAUGUCCUGGCACUGCCCAGCCCGUUGCCCCCCCGGCCCCUGGGGAUGAUCUCAACACUGACGGGGAUCUCAAAGUGGGAAUGAGGAUUUUGGGCAAGAAAAGAACCAAAACGUGGCACAAAGGGACCUUGAUUGCCAUCAAACCAGUGGGUGCUGGCAAGAAAUACAAAGUGAAAUUUGAUAACAAAGGGAAGAGUUUGCUCUCGGGCAACCACAUUGCCUACGACUACCACCCGUGUCCUGAGAGGCACCACGUGGGCAGCAGGGUGGUGGCCAGGUACAAGGAUGGCAAUCAGAUGUGGCUCUAUGCUGGCAUCGUGGCUGAGACCCCCAAUGUCAAGAAUAAAGACAGGUUCCUGAUCUUCUUCGACGACGGCUACGCGUCGUACGUGAAGGAGUGGGAGCUGUACCCCGUCUGUCGGCCACUGGAAAAAAGCUGGGAAGACAUUGAGGAUGUUUCCUGUCGGGAUUUCAUCGAGGAAUACAUCACUGCCUACCCCAACCGGCCCAUGGUGCUGCUGAAGAACGGGCAGCUCAUCAAAACCGAGUGGGAAGGGACCUGGUGGAAAUCCAGGGUGGAAGAAGUGGAUGGAAGUCUGGUCAAAAUCCUUUUCCUGGAACCUCUUCCCAUGGGGAGUGGGAGCGUGUCCUACUCCCUCCUGCAGGAGGACAAGCGCUGUGAGUGGAUUUACCGUGGCUCCACACGCCUCGAGCCCAUGUUCAGCAUGAAAACCUCCACGGCUUCCACCCAGGAAAAGAAGCAAAGUGGGCAAACCAGGACUCGUCCCAAUGUUGGUGCUGUGAGGAGCAAAGGCCCUGUGGUCCAGUACACCCAGGAUUUAGCAGGAGCUGGUCCCCAGUACAAGCCCCCGGAGCAGCUCCCGGCUGCUUCUUCUGUGUCCCCUCAGCCUGCAGAGAUGGAGUGCUCUGACAGCCAGUUGGCCCAGUCCAGGAAGCAGGUGGCCAAGAAAAGCACUUCCUUCCGUCCUGGCUCGGUGGGCUCCGGCCACUCGUCCCCUUCCUCCCCCGUCCUCGGCGACGCUCCGGCUCCGGGAAGGGCCAGCGCGGCCCCGCAGCACCGCGUCCCCGCCGGCGCCGUGCAGCCCUUCCACGGGAUGCUGGACCGCGUCCCCAGCGAGCCGUCCUACCGGGCCCCUCUGGAGAAGCUCUUCUUCCUGCUCCACGUGUGCAGCUACGCCUGUUCCCGCGGUGCGCCCAUCCGCGCCGACCAGUACCGCAGCCGCAACCCGCUGCUCAUCCCGCUGCUCUACGACUUCCGCCGCAUGACGGCGCGGCGCCGCGUCAACCGCAAGAUGGGCUUCCACGUGCUCUACAAGACGCCCUGCGGGCUGUGCCUGCGCUCCAUGCAGGAGAUCGAGCGCUACCUCUUUGAGACCGACUGCGACUUCCUGUUCCUGGAGAUGUUCUGCCUCGACCCCUACGUGCUGGUGGACCGCAAGUUCCAGCCCUACAAGCCCUACUACUACAUCGCCGACAUCACCAAGGGCAGGGAGGACGUGCCGCUGUCCUGCGUCAACGAGAUCGACAACACGCCGCCCCCGCAGGUGGCCUACAGCAAGGAGAGGAUCCCCGGCAAGGGGGUCUUCAUCAACACCAGCUGGGAGUUCCUCGUGGGCUGCGACUGCAGGGACGGCUGCAGGGACAAGUCCAAGUGUGCCUGUCAGCAGCUGACGAUCCAGGCGAGCGGCUGCACCCCCGGGGGGCAGAUCAACCCCAACUCGGGCUACCAGUACAAGCGGCUGGAGGAAUGUCUGCCCACGGGCGUUUACGAGUGCAACAAGAGGUGCAAGUGCAACGUGAACAUGUGCACCAACCGCCUGGUCCAGCACGGCCUCCAGGUCCGGCUGCAGCUCUUCAAGACCCAGAACAAAGGUUGGGGCAUCCGCUGCCUCGACGACAUCGCCAAGGGCUCCUUCGUCUGCAUCUAUGCAGGGAAGAUCCUCACGGACGACUUCGCCGACAAAGAGGGGCUGGAGAUGGGCGACGAGUACUUCGCCAACCUGGACCACAUCGAGAGCGUGGAGAACUUCAAGGAGGGCUACGAGAGCGACGCCAAGUGCUCCUCGGACAACAGCGGCGUGGACCUGAAGGACGACGACGACGAGGAGAACACGGGCACGGAGGAGCCCGAGGAGUCCAACGAGGACAGUUCCGACGACAACUUCGGCAAGGACGAGAACUUCCACGCGAGCUCGGUGCUGCGCAGCUACGCCACGCGCCGGCAGACGCGCGGCCAGAGGGACGGCGGCCUCUCGGAAACCGCCUCCAAGGACUCGGGGCUCGCCCGGCCCCUCGGCCACGACGAGGCGCUGGCGGGCCCCUGCAAGCUGCCCGUGUCGGAGGAGAGCUCCAAGAACAAGGUGGCCUCGUGGCUGAGCUCCAACAGCGUGUCCGAGGGCUUCCAGGACGGCGACAGCAGCUCCUCCUUCCGCCUGGGCGAGGCGGGAGACACCAAGCCUGUGAAAGUGGAAAACCCCGGGGAGAGGGAGAAGGGAUGUGUUCCCACCCCGGGAGAGAUGAACAGAGAGAUGAAGGCAGCCAAGAAGGAGGACACUCCCCCUGGAAGCCCAGGCGUGACCCCUGUUGUCCUGGCCCUGCAGGCGAGAUCCCCGGGCAGGAGGUACGGAUACAACCGCCCCCCGAAGCUGGAGGGGAUCCGGCGGCCCCUGAGCCGCACGGCGCUGCUGCAGAGCCGGCGCCGCUCCCUCUCCCUGCAGGCCUCCAGCGAGGACGUGCUGACACUGUCGAGCAGCACCGACAGUGACGUUGAGAACGGGCAGGUCCCGGCGGGGCAGGUCCCGGGCACCGCCAACGACAGCGACGACAUCCAGACCAUCUCCUCGGGCUCCGAGGAGGAGGAGGGCGAGGACAAGAAAAACCCCUCGUCCGGGUCAGGUCCCGUGAAGAGGCAGGUGGCUGUGAAAUCCACCCGGGGCUUUGCCCUGAAAUCCACCCACGGCAUCGCCAUCAAAUCCACCCCGCUGGCCGCGGGUGACAAGGGCGAGAGCGCGGGGCCCGUGCGCAGGAGCACCCGGCAGUUCUACGACGGCGAGGAGAACUGCUACAUCAUCGAUGCCAAGCUCGAGGGCAACCUGGGCCGCUACCUCAACCACAGCUGCUCCCCAAACCUCUUUGUGCAGAACGUCUUCGUGGACACCCACGACCUCCGCUUCCCCUGGGUCGCCUUCUUCGCCAGCAAGAGGAUCCGGGCGGGCACGGAGCUGACCUGGGAUUACAACUACGAGGUGGGGAGUGUGGAGGGCAAAGAGCUGCUGUGCUGCUGCGGGGCCAUCGACUGCAGGGGCCGCCUGCUCUGAGCCCGCCCCGCUCCCCACGGCCCUGCUGCUUCCCUCGGCGAGGGAAAAGGUUCUCAAGAGCUUCUGUGUUCUCCUGUUCGCUUGGAAAGUCACGGAGGGACGCGGGGCAGGAAGGGAAUCUGGGGGAUUCCCAAGCCCUGGGCUUCUCCCACCUUCCAGAGGCUCCAGUUACCACGACAACCUCCCUCAGGAAAAGGAGUUUUUCCUGUUCCCUUCCAGCUCUCCGCCAAACUUGAGGCACGAGCCCCUUCUUUUCCAGCAGGAAGCACUUCCCCAAGAGUCCCAACUUCAUGGUUGGGAUUGAGGCCUGGGAAGUGGGAGGGGAAAGAGGAUGGUGAAAUCCCAGCAAGAUGGGACCAAUCUGGAUUUCUGUGACGAGAAUCAUCUGUUGAGAUGAUGAUGUAAAGAAUCUUUUGUACUUUUGGUUGUUAAAAAAAAAAAAGCAAUAAACUUAAAUGUUUUUUUUUCUACUAAAAAUCAUCUGCAGUGGCCUUCAGACACAGUGAAGAGCCCUGGAAGAGCAGCACUGAACCACUUCCCACCAUCCUCUUUUCCAUGGGGUUUGCAGGGAAAACACCAGAGGCCCCGGGAACAGGGAUAAGGAGCUCCCACAUUCUCACCUUUCCCUCACCUUUCCUCAAAACAAACACUCCUUAAACCCUUCACUUGGAAAAAUUAAACAGAAACUGGCUGGAAUUUUCUCGAGGAGGCAGAUCCAAGGCUGCUUCCCAUCUCCAGUCUUCCCAGAACGUCCCUGUAGGCUGGAAACACUGAGUUGAGCUUAAAGUCCUGCACUGAAGAGGCCACUGGGACAGCCUUAAACUUGAUUUAGGCA